AGAUAUUUACACUUAAAAAAAGAAAAGAAAAAACAAAGGUGUGAGAAUGUCGUUAGAUGAAAGGACAAAUCCACAAGCAGCAGCUGAACCUGUUCAUGAAGAUUUUAUACCACCCUCCGAUUGGGAUCGCCAGGAAAAUAGUGACACCCUCAUUCUUAUGCUUCCAGGGUUUAGAAAAGAGCAAUUGAAGGUUCAAGUUUCCUCUAACCGUGUGCUAAGGUUGAGAGGUGAAAGAAAGAUCAGUGAUAACAAAUGGCGUAGAUUUCACAAGGAAGUAAUCCUUUCUGAUUCUCAUGACACCACUGGAAUCAAUGCCAAGUUUGAAGCUGGAAUGCUAUAUGUAAAGCUUCCCAAACUCAUCAAACUACCACCACCACCGUCACCAAGACCACAAGAACCUUCGACGCCCCACCGACCAACAAGUCCAAUAACUUAUGAUGAUCACAAACCAGAUGCUACUCAACUACAUGAUCAUGAAAAAGACUCAAAAGAGGACACAACUCAUGAAGAAUCCAAGAUCGAGGAACAACCACCGCCAGCUCAUGAAAUCUCUCAAGUGAUGCUGCAAAAGGAAAUGAGCAAAGCAGAAACUGAAGACAAAAGAGAAGAAAUGCAUGAAACCACACAAACAACAAUGAAGGAGCAGAAGGAAGGUCAUGAAGAUUCUGAAAAGAAGAUGGCAGAAUCACAAAUAAAAACAGAUAAUGAUGAGAAAGAGAUGAGGGAAGUUGUAGCAUCUAAGGCUCAAGGAACUGGUCUUGAAGGGUUAAGUAGAGUUAGUGUGGCCAAGAUGAACACAAGGCUGGAGAAGAUUUCUGACAUGGUUUUGGAGGUUAAGAAGCAGAAUAAAGUAGCCAACUUAGUUGUUCUUGUCUUUCUUGUGUUGCUUAUUGGACUCUACGUAAAGAGUGUGGUCAAGUCAUCUUUUGCAGGACCCAAAAACCAAGACCUCUGAUCAAUUGCUUCAUUUUCUUGGAUUACUGUGUCAACCUGCAUCAAGGGCAUGAGAUAAAAUUAUCUGUGUGUACGUGAAAUUGUAAAUAGAUUGUGAUCUCAUGUUCUUGUAAUUAUCUUUUGUAUAUUUUUUCCUUUUCAUCAUGUUCCUUUGUUACUUAUGAUCCAAUGUUCAAUCUUAUAAAAAAAUGAAAAAAUGAUCCAAUGUUGAGUUUUGA